CCUCAUCUCUCCCCCCCCCCCCCCCCCGUUGCCCACUUUGGACCAAUACAUCAAUUCAGCCUGCACCUGACCACCUUCUGCCUGCAGUACAGUCCACCUGUAGUUGCGUGUGUGUGCAUUCAUUUGGCCUGCAAGUGGUCUAACUGGGAAAUCCCCGUCUCUACUGACAGCAAACACUGGUGGGAGUACGUCGACCGAAAAGUCACUCUCGAGCUACUGGAUGAGCUCACACAUGAGUUUCUGCAGAUCUUGGAGAAGACACCAAGCCGUUUAAAACGCAUUCGAAACUGGAAGGCAUCAGGUCAAACAGCAAAGAAGCCAAAAGAGGGCGACAAAACAGAGACCAUGAUGAACAUGAUCUCCAUGGCAUCCUCUGAAAGCACACUGGCUGGUCUGAUGAGCCUCUCGGCUCCUCCUUCAACCUCCUCGUCCUCCACACCCACAUCAUCUGCAGAAGAUAAGCAGCCUGUCUUUAAAGUGCCUAAUCCACCAGAACCACCUGCUCCCACGAGAGUGUCUCUGAGCGAGUAUCGUGCCAAGCACGCUGAUGAGCUCGCCGCACAGAAAAAGAAACUGGAAAACAUGGAGGCCUCUGUAAAGCGUGAGUACGCCACAGCCGCACAGGCCCUCAUGAACCAGCAAAGAAAGGAGAAACACCAUCAUAACCAUCACCCGCAGCAAGCUAGCUCGAGCUCCUCGGAGCCCCUCGUCCUGAAGAUUCCACUUGACGAGAGGCAGGAUCGCGGCUCAAUCAAAAUGCGCCUGCCAAACAGUAGCAGAGGAGCUGAGCAGGACCUGAAAUUAAAGCUCCGCCUCCCAGAGAAACGAUCAGGUACAGGGGAUGGCGGAAAGAACAAAGAGAAGCACCGAGAGCGCUCUAACCAUCACCAUCACCACAAUCAUCACCAUCACCACUCUUCAGGGAGUGGCUCAUCAUCAGCGCACAAACACUCCAGCUCUGCAAGUGCUUCCACAAGUAGCAAAAAAGCAGACCCAACAAGAAUGAGCUCCUCUUCAUCAUCCCGAAAGCGAACUCAUUCAUCUGAGCCCUUGUCUAGUGCUCACCCUUCUAAAGUCAGCAAGUCGUCCAGGAAUUCCUACCAGCUGCCCCCACUGCCUACUGACAUUCUGCCCUCACUUGCGCUUUCACACAAUCAGGGAAGUUACUCGCACUCCAAAACAGACAAGGCUGACACCAAUGGGCACAGUGCCAGCUCAGGUGGUCAGUCAAACGAGUACCAGGACACGUUUGACAUGCUGAAUUCGUUGCUGAGCGCCCAGGGGGUGCAGCCUGCACAGCCCCAAAUGUUUAACUAUCACUCCCAGUAUGGUGAGUACAGAUACGGCGCGAGCUCAAGAGGAGGGAACCCGCAACCUCCACCGCUUCCCUCAGAACCCCCUCCACGGCUUCCACCACUGCCUGAAUGAACCCCCGUCCAUCACAAACCGUCCCAACCAGAUUUCUAUUAUGUGCAUUAAGAUUUACAGAAAAUUUAACUUACCACUAUAUAUGCACAUUCUCUGCUUUAGCCUGUUUUAAUCAUCCUCGGUGUCCUUGUGCAUGGGUGGUCCCAUGGCACCCGAAUGUGUGGCAAUAAUGGCUAUAACUAUAAAAUACAAACUAUUAAAACAGCAAAAAAAAAAUGCAAAAGCAAAAUGUUAUUUAUUUAAAAAAAAUGUACAUACUAUUUUUGUCACUCAGUUUUAUAUAUGCAUUAUUGUCUAUGGUGAAUAAUAGGAACUGUGUAACUGAGAAAGGGGGACCUUUUGUGUUUUGGUGGUCAUCCUUUUUGAGUAACUGUUGACAAGGAAAAUGACUGUUUUUAAAAUAUGGGUUUUUAAACAAUUAGAAUCUCUUUCUAAACUACAAUAUUUAUUGAUUGUCUUUUGAACCGUAAGUAGGUGGUUUUUUUUUUUUUUUUUUUUGUUCCCCUCUCCCCCCACUUUGUAUGUCAUUUGGAUUUAUUUUUGGAUUGUUUUAGCCCUGUUUGUGUCGUGUUAGUCAUUUUGUGUAAGUUGAAGACGAUAAACAACAACAAAAAAAAAAGCCUAACCUACACAAAUUAUCAAGAUAUUUCUAAAGUCUAGUUUAGUCUCUUUCUUCAGCCUAGUGUUCAUGAUCUAAAAUGGACAUGCAAUCCCCCCCCCCCCCCCCCCCCCCCCAAAUUAAAAAAAAAAAAAAGAGAAAUUUUGUAUUUAAGAAUUUAUGGGCCCUUGGUAGAAGCAGUCAUUGUUUUAAAUGGUUGUAAAUUGUGCUUGAAAUUCAACUGAAUAUAUAAAAUUUUUAGUUUUCCUUUUGAUAUCAACCCAGGCAAUAUCUAAUGUAGUUUUUUUUAUUUUUUUGGUUCCUCCCUCCCUCUCCCCCCCAUUGUGCAUUACAAUUAAAUAACAUGUCAGACUGUGCAUGUGGGUGUUUUUUUGUUUUUUUUUGUUUUCUUUUCAGAAUAUAAAUAUCACAGAGUGGCAAGAGACCAUAAGCCAUUGUGAAGCAUUUAUAGACUUAUAAACUCGUAACCCAUAUUCAAAUAAUCUGCUUGAAUAUGUCUACCAAAGUUGUAUGCAGCACAGAGGAUGUAGAUCAUAGCCAUGCUUUUUUUUUUUUUUUUCUUUUUUUCCCAGUGAAUUCUAAAAAGAUUUUGCUUUAAAAGAGAUUCUGUUCCGUUUGUUUCUGAGACAUGAAACAAUUUCUAACAUCGCGUUAAUGUUGUGCCUGUCUCUGGUUACUAUAUUUUUAAUAGGAUUGCGAUUGUAUCCAUCCAAGCAUUCACGAUAAGCUCUGCAUGCUAAUGAUGUACUGUUUUUCGUUUGAGAGUAUUUUUACCACUCAUUCCUCUGAGGCUAGAUUCUGCCAUGAUUCAUUACCGAAAGCAUGAAGCACACACUCCUUAACUCUCCAUACUGAAUUUCUAAGAUGGUGCUGGAGAAAAAGGAGGCACACAAGAUGUUUUUUGUUGCAUCAGAUUCCUGGCAUCAGGAGAACAAUUAAAGGUUGAAUCUUGGUCUCGUGCAAUCACCACUGCAUCUUUUCACACCUGCAAAUAUUUUAUUUUUUUUUAAAGCUACUAUUAAAUGUACACACCACACUAUGUUCAGUGGUACCACAUGAACUCUCAGGUUUCAGAUAUGAAUUCUUGGAACAUUUCUUGGCAGAAGAAACUUGGUGAACUCUGUUCCUUUUUUUCUAAAUGUGAUGUAAAUAAAUGUUUUAUGAGAA